CCCGGGCUUUGGUUGGACAUUUAGGCAGAGAGAGAGAGAGAGAGAAAUAACGAUUUUUUUUCUCUCUCUAGCUCGAUUGUUGGGUAUGCAAAAGAGAGAUUAGAGAGAAGAGACGGGGGUGAGGAUAGAGAGAGAGAGAGAGAAGACUCUGCGGAAGAGCUUUGACCCUCUCUCGUCCAUGGCGGGUUCACACCCAGUAUUCCUCCUUUCAUCCUCUUCUUCUUCCUGAACUCUUCGUUCAUUCCAUCAAGACGCUAUUUUAUCUUCUGACCCACCUCGGUUUUUCUUCAGGUUUCUCUUCCUCUGAAUGUUAAUUGAUAAAUCUUGUGGGUUUUCUGAAAUUCGAAAUCCAAGUCCUGCUUUGUUGAUUCAAGAGGUUUUAACAAUUCUUGCGAAAGGAAGAUCAUUCCGUUGCUCGUUCUCUUUAGCAUUUCCUUCCUUCAAAACCGUCCAAAGCUCAGCGAAGAUUUUGGGUUCUUGUCGGUAUAGCUGGAUCUUCAAACCAUCUGCAAGAAAAAGAGAAAAAAAAGUGAGAUUUGAAGAUUAGUUUCUUGAAUUUUUUUCUGUUGGAAUCUACGUUGUCCUGACCUGAUUUGGAUGUUUUGACAUUGGAAAGGAAAAAUCAAUUUUUGCAAGUUGAAUACAAGUUAGGUUUUCUUGGUUCUGGAUUUUUUUCGUCUAGGAGCAGAAAGAGAAACAAUUUUCGGAAGAUUUUGAUCGAUCCGUCCCAAACUUUCAACAAGUCUGUUCAAAGAUCACAAAAAAGUUGGAAAUUUGAGGAUUUGAAAGAUGGGAAAUUGUUGUACGACGACGGGAUCUAUUUCGGGCAAGAAAAGGGGGAAGAAAAAACAGAACCCGUUUUCCGCUGAUUAUGCAGGGAGUUAUUCAUCCGGAGGUGGGAAUAAACUAUCGGUCUUGAAAGAUCCAACCGGUCGCGACAUUGGGAGCACAUACGAGCUGGGUCGCGAGCUUGGGAGGGGAGAAUUUGGGAUAACGUAUCUUUGCACCGAUAAAUCUUCAGGGCAACAAUUCGCCUGCAAAUCGAUUUCAAAAAAGAAGCUGAGAACAGCAGUGGAUAUCGAAGAUGUGAGAAGAGAGGUAGAAAUCAUGAAACAUUUGCCUAAGCACCCAAAUAUCGUGAGCUUGAAGGACACAUACGAGGAUGACAAUGCCGUUCAUCUGGUGAUGGAGUUGUGUGAGGGUGGGGAGCUGUUUGAUCGGAUCGUCGCCAGGGGACAUUACACCGAACGGGCUGCUGCUGUCGUUACUCGAACUAUUGUCGAAGUUGUUCAGAUGUGCCAUAAGCAUGGAGUGAUGCAUAGGGAUCUCAAGCCUGAAAACUUUUUGUUUGGAAACAAAAAGGAAACAGCACCCCUGAAGGCAAUUGAUUUUGGAUUGUCAGUGUUCUUUAAACCUGGUGAACGGUUUACUGAGAUAGUAGGAAGUCCUUAUUACAUGGCUCCAGAGGUGCUAAAACGGAAUUAUGGCCCUGAAGUAGAUGUCUGGAGUGCAGGAGUGAUCCUAUACAUCCUACUUUGUGGGGUUCCACCUUUCUGGGCAGAAACUGAACAAGGAGUUGCACAGGCAAUUAUUCGCUCUGUGAUAGAUUUUAAGAGAGAUCCUUGGCCCAAAGUUUCUGAUAAUGCAAAAGACCUUGUGAAAAGGAUGCUUGAUCCUGAUCCAAAGCGGCGGAUGACGGCUCAAGAGGUGCUUGAUCAUCCUUGGUUACAAAAUGCAAAGAAAGCUCCAAAUGUGUCUUUGGGUGAGACUGUGAAAGCAAGGCUUAAGCAAUUCUCUGUAAUGAACAAACUUAAGAAAAGAGCUUUGAGGGUGAUGGCUGAGUUUUUGUCUGUAGAGGAAGUGGCUGGUAUAAAGGAGGCAUUUCAAAUGAUGGACACUGGUAACUGUGGCAAGAUAAACCUUGAUCAACUGAAAGUUGGUCUGCAAAAACUUGGCCAGCAGAUCCCUGAUCCUGAUCUUCAGAUUCUAAUGGAAGCUGCUGAUGUAGAUAGGGAUGGAUAUUUGGACUAUGGGGAGUUUGUUGCAGUUUCAGUUCACCUACGAAAGAUGGCCAAUGAUGAGCACUUGCGGAAAGCCUUUGAUUUCUUUGAUCAAAAUCAGAGUGGAUAUAUAGAGAUUGAAGAGCUACGGGAAGCCUUGGCUGAUGAAGAAGGUGCCAACAACGAGGAAGUCAUUAAUGCCAUAAUUAAUGAUGUAGACACAGACAAGGAUGGGCGUAUUAGUUACGAGGAGUUUACUGCUAUGAUGAAGGCAGGUACAGAUUGGAGGAAAGCAUCAAGGCAAUAUUCACGAGAACGGUUCAAUAGUUUGAGUUUGAAGUUGAUGAAGGAUGGGUCUUUACAACUGAGAGUAGAUGAGACAGGAAAACAAAAGUAAUUGUGAAAAUUUUCUAGGAAAGAAAUUUCUUUCUUUUUGAGGAUGAGUAGGAUUGGGGGAUUGGUGUGUUUGUGUGUGGCUACACAUAGCAAAUAGCUCUUUGUUUCUAAGAGAAUUGCAGAGCUGCUGGAGAAAAGAGAGUAAAAGGCCCAAUGUUUGUUAUGGUGGUUGUAAAUAUAUCAAUUUGGCUGAUAGACUCCCCUUUAAUGAAGAAUCAUUGUGUGUGGGUGCUGCUUAUAGCUGCAGCCCAUGUGUACUGUUGGCCAAAGAAACAGCACAUGGAAUUGUUUGGUUAGUCGCUUUACUUGAAGUUCUAUUACUUUUCUUUUGGCGUGUUUUGAGUUUUAUGUGGUCUCAACUUGGACUUUGGUUUGUUGGCUUCAGGAUCAGUUAAGCUUCUUCUUAAAGUUUAGCUGUAGACUUGUCCUGGUCGUCCUUCCUCUGUUCAUGUUCAACCUUUUCGGCUCUUCCAUUGAAGAUUCAUCUA